AUGGGAGAAGUGAAACUAAUACGUAAUAUCUGCAGAGCAAUUGAGUUGCUGGAAAAAUUACAGAGAAGUGGAGAAGUGCCACCACAAAAGCUACAGGCUUUGCAAAGGGUCCUUCAAAGUGAAUUCUGUUAUGCUGUGAGGGAGGUGUAUGAACAUGUAUAUGAAACUGUGGAUAUCAGCAGUAGCCCAGAAGUUAGAGCUAAUGCAACAGCAAAGGCGACUGUAGCUGCAUUUGCUGCUAGUGAAGGUCAUUCCCAUCCCAGAGUGGUUGAACUACCCAAAACCGAAGAAGGCCUUGGAUUCAACAUCAUGGGAGGCAAAGAACAAAAUUCUCCAAUCUAUAUCUCUCGAAUUAUCCCUGGUGGUAUAGCUGAUCGACAUGGAGGCCUGAAACGUGGAGACCAGCUACUUUCUGUAAACGGAGUGAGUGUCGAAGGUGAACACCAUGAAAAAGCAGUGGAACUCCUGAAGGCAGCUCAAGGAAAGGUUAAAUUAGUUGUGCGAUACACACCGAAGGUCCUGGAAGAAAUGGAGUCAAGAUUUGAAAAAAUGAGAUCGGCAAAACGCAGGCAGCAAAAUUAACAUUGUAUACAAUAACUUAAAGGAGAAAAUAUAUUCCAUUUACAUUUUAUA